CGUGCUUCAUAACAGCGCACAACUCAAGCCUGAAGCUGCAAGUGCAAGUGCAAGUGGACCAUAAUCUAGUCAAUUACAUGCUGCUAGAAAAUCGUGUUGUUGUUUUUUUUUUUGCGGAGGGGUACAUUGGGCUCUAAAAACGUACACAGCAGGUUGGCACGGAAAGGGCCAGUUCCGAACCUUAUUUUGGGGAAUAUUCGAAGAAAACGGUCAAAGAAGUCCCCUGGGUCGACAUUGUCUACUCACUGCACAGUGUAAUCAGGAGUGAACUGUGUGCAGGAGCCGACAUGUCAGCUGGGGGAGCCGAGGAAGACAUCCCUCUGGGAGAGAGGAAGACUGUCACAGACUUCUGCUACCUCUUGGACAAAUCCAAGCAGCUCUUCAAUGGCUUGAGAGAUUUACCUCAAUACGGACACAAGCAGUGGCAGUCCUACUUUGGACGUACCUUCGAUGUUUACACCAAACUUUGGAAGUUUCAACAGCAGCACAGACAAGUGCUGGAUCACCGAUAUGGCCUGAAGAGGUGGCAGAUCGGAGAAAUUGCUUCCAAGAUUGGACAGCUGUACUACCACUACUACCUACGCACUUCUGAAACCAGCUAUUUGAAUGAAGCCUUUUCUUUCUAUUCUGCAAUAAGACAAAGAUCCUAUUACUCACAAGUCAAUAAAGAAGAUAGGCCUGAACUGGUUGUUAAAAAUCUUCGUUAUUAUGCACGAUAUAUUGUAGUCUGUCUUCUGCUCAAUAAGAUGGAUCUUGUGAAAGAUCUGGUUAAGGAUUUAUCAGACGAGAUUGAAGAUUACACCCAUCGCUUCAACACGGAGGACCAACUGGAGUGGAACCUGGUCCUGCAGGAGGUGGCAGCCUUCAUUGAGGCAGACCCAGUGAUGCUGCUGAACGAUGACAACACUGUGGUGGUCACAUCGAAGCGACUGAUGGAGGGGGUGGUCCCACAGCUGGAGCAGGGCAUGAUCGUGGGACAGCUCACACUAGCUGACGCCUUAAUCAUAGGGAACUGCAGUAAUCAGGUCAAGUUUAGCGAGUUGACAAUAGAUAUGUUUAGAAUGCUCCAAGCUCUUGAGAGGGAACCAGUGAACUUGGCAACACAGAUGAAUAAACCUGGAAUGCUGGAGCCGAGCGAGAAGCCUGCCAAGCGUGAGAAUCCCCACAAGUACUUGCUGUACAAGCCCACCUUCAGCCAACUCUACACAUUCCUCUCCGCAGCAUUUAAGGAACUUCCUGCCAACAGUGUGCUGCUGAUGUACCUGUCUGCGACCGGCGUCUUUCCUACAGGCCGCUCUGAUUACGAAGGUCCCUAUGAUUUUGGCGGUGUGCUUACUAACAGUAACCGUGAUAUUUUAAAUGGGGAGACGGUGCACAAGCGGAAUCAGGCCCACAAGGAAAUGCACUGUCUUCAUCCAGGUGACUUGUAUCCCUUCACGCGAAAGCCUUUGUUCGUAGUCGUAGAUUCCUCCAAUAGUGUUGCAUACAAGAAUUUCACAAACUUAUUCGGACAGCCAGUAGUUUGCCUACUUUCUCCAACAGUCUAUCCUAAGAACAUGCAAGAUCAGUCCCAGCGAGGAAGCCUAUUCACGCUCUUCCUCUACAACCCCCUCAUGGCUUUCCUUUAUGUCUGCGGGCUGUCCAGCAUGCGCAGUGGAUUGUGGGACAAGUGCCAGGAGUUCCUGAGGAAGGUGAACCGUGACCUGGGCCAGCUGAUAUCCCGUUCCCGCUCCAUAGAUCAAGCUUUUCUCCAAUUCUUUGGGGAUGAAUUUCUUCGGCUACUCUUGGUCCGGUUUGUCUUUUGUUCAGCGACUAUGAGGCUGCACAAGGUGUUCAGGGAGACAAGGAAUUACCCUGAAACCUAUCCACAGCUUCCAAAAGAAGAGACUGUGGAGAACCCCAUGGUUCAAAAGCACGUCCUGGAGCUGGCUUCCAUUCUGGAUGUUCAGAAUCUCUUCUGCGACAACACCCUUGACGAUUACUAGUGAACACACUUGCUUAGUUUCAAGACCUAUUGUUUUAUAAGCUAAGUCUGGUUUUCCUACGUCAUGUCUGAUAUAUUCAUGUGUCUUUUUCUACUGUUUAGAGGUCACUGGAAUAAUAUUUUUAAAGUGUAUAUAAACACUAUGGUGCAGCUAUGUCUAUUAGUGAUGUCAUAACUCUGAGGGCUUUUUAAAGAACACGAUUGCCUGUUUUAACACAUUUAGAUAUUUCAAAGGCACCCGAUGCUUCAGUUUGAAAUCCAAAACUGAAGCUGGAUUUUUCUGUUAGCUAGCAGAAAAAGUCCCUUAUUUUGAAUGGUGCAAGCCAGGUUUACAGGUUUCUGUGGCGGACUGCAGUGAGACAGUUCUGCAUGUGUACAUUAAGUACUGUUUUCUACAGAUAUGUGCGGCUUGCAAUGUGCAUUUGUUCCAAGUUGUCUUUGUAAUUAUUCCCCUCCUCUGAGAGGUUUGUUGUCUGUACAGUGAUGAGUGUCUCUUUAGAGACCUGCAUGAACAAUUCAACCUGGGGCAGUAUAUCAAGUCCUUUUGCUAGACCACCAUUCUGACCUACUGUUCUUCAGUAAUAGGACCAUUCUUCCAAUGCAGUCAUCCCCAAUGCGAAUCUCAUAUUGUCCUCCAUGUCUUGCAUUCAGAAAAUGAUCUGUGGGAUCAUUUGUAGUCCCACACCACCACCAUCAAAACGUUAUACCAAACAGCUUCCACCCUAUUCCGUGCAGUAAAACCUCCCCCCAUGGUCGAGCACCACCAACGUGACGCUUUGUUGAGUUCAUGCUACCUUUCAGCAUGUUUGUGAAUAGUGUUUGAUAUACAUUGUACUGAUUGGAUUGUCGGUCUGUUCUGUGUGGUGAAAAUUUGUAUUGAGAUAGUUUUAAAAAAAAAAUGUAAAUGAUGCAACUUCAUUUACUUGUCAUAUGUUUGGAUUGUUAAUGUUGAAAAGCUUUUAUAAAAUGCUUCCCUGGACAUGUCCUUUGGAUACUGUGUAUGUCCCGUGUUCAUCAGAUAGAGCAGUCUCAAGGAGAUCUGUCCAUACAUUCCACAAACAAAGGGACACAGGGUUUUUCUUCUUAUUAGGAAAUAGAAUAUUGUUUGUUAAGGUAUUUAUUUUCACUUUACCACACAUUGGCAGGAUGUGUUUGUUACUUCUGUGAGCUCAAAAAGGGAUGAUUAAGUCAGUUUGCCCUUAUAAAAGUUUCCCAUAGUAAAAGCAUAGCAAAGUGUAAUAAAGCACAGUGAAAACAAGGUUAAGCAGAGGUAAGCAUUGUAAAGCAUGGUUGAGCAUUGUAAAGAUAAUGUAAAACAUGGUAAACUAUGGUAAAUGCAUAGUAUCACCAUGGGGAAAACUGCAAAAUUACUGUGGUAAACUUUUAUAAGGGUUCUCCUACCACUUUUUGUGUUGAUACUGUGUUGAAGUUUGACAAAAGUUUGCUUUGGUCUUGGUGAACAAAUCUGAUAAUAAGACCAACAAUGGUCAUUUCUACCUAGACAGGAGACAGUGCGCCAGUCACCUUUUAUCAAACAUCGCCAUCACAAAACAAAUAAAUGCCUAUUGAUUUAAUCAAGAAUACUGCAUUGCUUUGAGCUAUACCCGUGUUUUCUGGCUGUAUUUAAUGAACAAUCCAUUUAUAAGAUAAAACCACCCAAGCAUACCAGUUAGAAAAAUAGUCCAAAUGGGUGUCAAAAAACUGUAGCCCUUCAUUUCAAAUCCAUGUAUAUUGUGCCUCUAUUAAUUGUGAUUGAAUGCCAUCAUAGAACAGUGAAAUAAUACAUGGUUUGAUUGAAUCCCCCUCUAAGUCAAGCUUUUGACUUGUAAAGCCAACAUUAUAGUGUCUAUGAUUUGUUUUAUCAAUUAUGUUCUUAUUAUAAUACUUAUGAAAGAAUGAUCUGAAAUGUUUGCCUUGACUUAGUAUAAGAACAUAUAAGUAAUUAUGUUUGAGUAUGGAGCAACUUGUGUCUGCUGUCUGCUAAAACAAAAUAGUCCAGAAUCAGUUUUACAGAACGUUGUUAUAUUAAUACAGGUCAUGUUUAGUAAUCUUGCACUGGAACAAAUGCAUUUGGCUUUAUUGCUUACUUUUCGGACAGCGUGUGCUCUUGUUUUGUCCAGUAGGUGUCACUAGUUGACAAUUCUGUUGUGGUCUACACUUUAAGGGAGUAAUAAUAUUACACUGAAAGAAACAGCCAAGUGAAUACAAGAUAGAACAUAGGGGGCUCUACUAGUAAUGAGCGUGUGCUGUUGGUUUUCUAAUUUCUCAUUGAUUGCCUGAUUGUUCAUGGUUGCAAAAUAUUUUUUAUUUGUAGGUUAUGUUACAGGAUAUGCGAUAAACCAAAAUAAGUAUUUGUAUUGUUUUAGUGGUUUGAAUAAAAGCAAGUAUGUUUAGUUUUUACUGUGUAGUUGAAUAUUGGAUUAUAAAAUGAUGUCUAAUGAAGAACCUAAAUAAAGAAAUUCUGUUUCAGAAGGGGGUCAUCUGUUUCUUUGAGAGCACAUUUUGAGAUUUUAGAAGUCAAAGCAUGAGUCAGUACACAUCUGUAGAGUGAACAGACCUUAGUUUGUCAGACCAAUAUCUUGAAAUUAUUAAUAUGCAUUAUAAAAACCUUGAUUAUAUAUACACAUUGUUUAACGUUUGCUGUAUCUGCAGAUUUCAUUUUAGUUCAAUAAAAAAGAGGGAGUUUAUCAAAUGUCUAUAUCUUGUUUCCAAUAAUGUGAAAUUUGUAAUUGGAAGUAUGCAGCAGGUACAGGGCUGUGAGAAAGUAUUUGCCCCCUGUCUGAUUUUCUGCAUUUUCGCACAUUCUUCACAUUGUAUUUGGUCAGAUUUUUUUAGUGGGUUGUGUAGUAUAUAGAGGGAGUCUGAGAAAAAAAAAUGACACCAGAGUUUGGUGCUUCUUUCAUUUGUUUGGUGUGCAAGGUAAUCAAACAUGCAAUCUUCAGGUGUGAAAAAGCCAGCCAGUGUUCACAGCUACAGAGUGUGGAAACGACACCGUGGGAGAAGUACAGACGUGGAAAAGUACUGAGCAGUUAGAAGCAGCAAGGAGAAAUUACAUCUUGAAUUGCUUUAAUCAGAAAACACUGCAGCUUAAAGUCUAACAGCUGCGUGUCUUUCUGAUAACAAGCUGAACUCAGAACAGCUGAUUCAAAUUCGCAGCUGUUCUGAGACACG